AUGUGCGGUAUAUUCUUUUCAUUGAGUGCUGCGGGAUAUGGAUAUCCUGACGAGGACACAGUUCGUUUACUGCAAAACAGGGGUCCGGACAUUGUGAAGACCCAUUCAUUUCAGCUAGAUCACCCCAAAAAAGUCGGCCAGAAUCUCGAUAAGAAUGUAUCUUCCCUUCGUCUAACUUUUAUUUCAACUGUCCUCGCUCUUCGUGGAGAUUAUGUCCAAACUCAACCCCUUGUAGAUGCCGCCAGCCGGUCAGUCCUGUGCUGGAACGGGGAAGCGUGGAAAAUCCACAGUAGUCCCAUCAAUGGGAAUGAUACAAAACGGGUCUUCCGAUUGUUUCUCGAGGCUGUGCAACCAACAACUUACCGAAAUGGAAUAUCAUCAUCUGAGAUGACAGACAGUCAAUCUUUAGCCAAGGUAGCUAAUGCUGUGGGCGCCAUUUCUGGACCAUUCUCGUUUAUAUUCUACGAUGGAUAUCGGCAAAGACUUUUUUUUGGAAGAGACUGUUUGGGAAGACGAUCACUACUGAGUGGAUGGGACAAUGCCGGGAACUUCAAGAUUUGCAGCGUCUGUGAUGGAAUCCAAUCUGAGAACUUCGAAGAAGUAGACACUGACGGCAUACACAUGAUCAACAUUGCCCACCUUUUACAAAGCUCCGGUUCUGGAGGUUCCACGUCGAAUUCUUUGCAUUCAAUAUUCAACGUGAAGAGUUUGGGCUGGGAAAAUGGAGAUACCACUAGCACUGAUCAGGUUCAGAUAAGAAAUCCUAUACCACUCAUGAACAAAAUUCUACCUAUGGAAGAAAUUCCUCCACUUCUUCAAGCAAACUGCCCAUCUAUAGAGACACUGGAGGUCACCCUCCGUGAGUCAAUAAGACUCCGUCUCAGCAAUAUUCCCGAACCACCAUUCUUUUCAUCAGAAUACAAAACAAAAGUAGCAGUCCUUUUUUCGGGAGGCCUUGACUGUACCAUACUCGCAAGGCUAGCACACGACAUCCUCCCCAUAGAUGAGCCGAUUGACCUUCUUAAUGUAGCAUUCGAAAACCCUAGGGUUGUAGCAGCGGCUGCUGUGGCUUCCAAAUCACAGUCUCCAACUCUGUCCGCAUACGAAGCCUGUCCAGAUCGAAUUACUGGGCGAUCAUCCUGCGCAGAGCUUCAGCGGGUCUGUUUCAACAGGCACUGGCGGUUUGUUGCUAUCAACAUCCCAUAUACAGAAACAUUAAGCCAUCGAGAGAAAGUCAGGCGCUUGAUGCGCCCUCAUAACACGGAAAUGGAUCUGUCUAUUGCAUGUGCACUGUACUUUGCAUCACGUGGACAAGGAGAAAUUACCAAUGAGGGAGAUUAUUCUGGUUGUAUACCCUACACAACGACAGCGCGAGUUUUGCUCUCUGGACUUGGAGCCGAUGAAGUUUUUGCAGGCUAUACAAGGCACGAAACUGCGUUCAGUCGCCAUGGAUUCCAAGGUCUUGUAGAUGAAAUUGCUUUGGAUGUUGGUCGGCUUAGCAAACGAAACCUGGGACGGGAUGACCGUGUUAUAUCCCACUGGGGUCGUGAGGUUAGAUACCCUUUUCUUGAUAACGACUUUCUGGCCUGGGCACUUGCCUGCCCUGUUUGGGAGAAGUGCGGAUUUGGAGCCAUGUCCUCAAGCCCAUCUGGUAUUUGUGGCGAUGUCGAAGAGUCAGGAGGAGGAGAGCAGUCCCUGGAGCCAGGGAAGAGAUCCCUCCGGCUAUUGGCGUGGAAACUUGGAAUGAAAAAUGUCGCUCGGGAGAAAAAGCGGGCUAUACAGUUCGGGUCUCGAACUGCUAAGAUGGAAAGCGGUCGAAGCAAAGGAACACAGAUAUUAACUUAA